GGGGCUCCUCCCCUCCUCUCUUCUGCACGCCCAUGGUGGUCACAAGGCUUUCCUCUUCCUACGGAAGCGGUUCCUGGGACUUCGGCGGCUCUUCCGCUGGGCGUCUGGGAGGCCAGUAGACUCCGGCUGCUGGCGGCGGGAUGUUCUCGGCGGGAACCGAGAGUUUGCUCCUUCAAGCCAGGGAGAUUCAGGAUGAGGAACUAAAAAAAUUUUGUUCGCGAAUAACAGGACUCCUUCAAAAGGAAGACUUAGGAAAUGAAACCACUGACUGUUUGCAAAGACUUUACCUCAUUGUCUCGGCCACAAAAUAUUCUAGGAAGCUUGAAAAGAAAUUUGUGGAUCUAUUGCUGUCAACAUUAUAUUUCCCAAAGUGUCCUGAACAGGUUCAGGUACUCUGUGCUGCCAUUGUGAGAGAAAUAUCACCUUCUGAAAAUUUGACAUUGCUUUUUGACAGCAUCCAAAAUACAAAGCUAUUAAGCUUGAUCUCAUCAGUUCUGUUGGCUCAGGGCAAUAAAAGGGAUGAGGUCAGAGAUGUGGGGCUGCGUGUUACAAAAAUCCUUGAAAGUCGACAGCCUGAGGGACAGAGCUUAAGAUACCUCCUGCCUGUCUUGUCAAAGGUCAUUACCCUUUCACCAAAAGUCCUCAAGGAAGACCAGAUAAACCUCCUCAACAAAAGACUAAUUGACUGGCUUCGUUAUGCAAGUAUCCAACAAGGAGUUUCACAAACGUCUGGAGGCUUCUUCUCUAAUCCCUGGGCCAGACAGCCUGGCCCCAUCACUGAGGUAGAUGGUGCAAUUGCCACAGACUUCUUCACUGUACUUUCAGUAGGCCAGCAUUACACAGAAGAUCAGUGGUUGAACAUGCAGGCCUUCUCCAUGUUGCGUAAAUGGCUGCUUUAUAGUGGGAAUGGUGAAACAGACAGUCCAGAUUCAGAUGAUAAAUCAGAGCUAGAGGGCUCUAUUAUGUCUAUGGUCUCUGCUACCUCUACCUCUAGUCGCCAGCUUCCCCCAAAGGAGCGCCUGCGAGAGAAUGCCUUUGAAUAUUGCCAGAGACUCAUUGAGCAGAGUAAUCGGAGAGCCCUGAAGAAACCAGAUUGUGAGUUGCAAAAAGCUUGUCUGGUUGAAGCUGUGAUUAUAUUGGAUCUACUCUGUAGGCAGGAUUCCUCCUUCAUCUACCGGACUCUCUCUCGUCUAAAGAUCUUACACGGGCGGCUUUGUGGAGAUCUGACUUAUGUUCGAGCAUUGUUGCCAGUUGCCCAGUUCUUCCUGAAUCACAGUGAAGCAGCAGCAGUUGAUUCAGAAGCAGUUUAUCAGCAUUUGUUUACCAACAUCCCUUCAGAGUUAUUCUAUAAUUCAAUGUUGGCCUUUGAAUUCAUCCAGUUCUGCAGGGAAAACAUCCACUUUUUCAAUGGAAAUCUUAGCGUCUUCAAAUCAAACUUCCCAAAUCUCUUUAAGUUCUUGGCAUGGAACAGUGCAUCCCUAAUCUCAGAAUUUGUGGAUAUACUUCCUGUUUUCAUUGAUGCUAGUACAGCCAUUGAGAUGCUCCAUGUCCUCCUUGAUUUACCAUGCUUGACUGCUGCCCUAGACCUAUAUAUUAGGUCAUCAUCUCCUACAAGUGAGAAGCCUCUCUGGGAUCCAACUCUAAAGCCCACUAGCUGCUUGGAUGGUUUCCGAGACCCUCACUACCAGGCUCUCUUUCAGUACCUGCUGCGCACAAAAGCCAGGGGAAUUGUCAAGGGGUUGACUCCACUCCAUCAGCUAUUGAAGCCCAUGGCCAGUUGUUCACGAGUUGUACAGUGUGCAGAGAUUGUCCCUAUUUUAAUACAGCUUUUCUUUACUGUGGUGACUGAGUUUGCAGAUGGGAUACUAAUAAACCAGCUUGUAGUACUACUGUUGGAAAGAAGUGAUUCACUCUUUGAUGUUCCACAGUUUAAAGCUGCUGUCCACAGGGUAAUGAGUUCCCAGCUUCUGGUUCUGUGUAAACUACAUCCUUCUCUUGUAGUUGAACUGUCUAAGGAACUACUGGAGUUCACAGGAACCAUCAGCAACAUCCACAGCAAAGAGAACAUAUUCACCAAUGUGGUUUGGGCAAUUGGAGAAUACAUGUCUGUACUCUAUGACAGGAGGUGUACUGUGGAGCUGAUCAACAAAUUCUUUGAAGCCCUGGAGGCCUUGCUGUUUGAAAUUACCCAAUUUCGCCCCUCUGCUACGCUUCCUAAGUGCUGUCCACGAGUAAUCACAGUUCUCAUGACCACACUGACCAAACUAGUCUCUCGGAGUCAGGAUUUGAUUCCCAGGGUUUUCUUGUUCCUGUCCAAGGUGAGAUCCUUUGCUGAGAAUCCUGCUAUGACCUCUGUGUAUGAUAAUGAGGAAGACAUGGAGACUAUCCUGACUAGAGCUACUGAGUUGAUGAACUUACUAAAAAUGCCAAGUGUGGCUCAGUUUGUCCUGACACCAUCUGUAGAGGUGUCUAACCCACGUUAUCACCUUGACACGAAUACCUCUUUGCCUCUGGCCCUGAGGAUGGUCAGUCAGCUAGUUGAGAAAGAGACUGGCCUUCUGCCCGGGCGAGGUGCUGAUGUGACCCAGUGCACACCGGAAGACUCAGAUUUAGAGCCCCCUCAGCUUGCAUUUAGCUAAGCUCCUAAAUAUUGUAACAAGUGUGAAUGUAAGGAGAUAGAUAUCCAUGACCAUGUUGUGGUCUCUCUCAGGUUUGGACUUAAAUAAUUGGAAAGGUGCUAUUCUCACACUGAGGUUGGAGGUGGAUUUUCCUAGAAUCAAGGAUUGUGGAUCUACUUAGAUGUCUAGGAAGACACGUACCCAACUCCUUUGGCAAGACAAUAGUAACGUGGUAGUGUACUCCAGCUAAUGAAAGUGUAUAGAGAAAUCUGAUUUCUCUUUUUGGUUUUAGGUACAUGAAAUUGUAGUUUUACUUUUUUUGUUCCCUGAGUAAAAUCAGAUUUCUUUGCAGUUAUUUUCUAAGCAUAUUAAAGUAGGCAUUUUAUUAUAUCUAUUUUUCCACUUAAAUCUUUUAAUAUAAUACUCUUAAACAAAUUUGCACCAUUUAGUAUUGUUAUUUGUCAGAUAAAUACAUAAAAAGAUGUACAAUAUUAACAGGAACGAAGAAUCAAGUUUCUUGCUGGUGGUAACAUCCAAGAAUAAAAUUUAACAUUCCUCCCUCUCCCCCAUCCUAUUUACAUUAAUGGAAUAUUUGAUUUCAAUAAACAAAGAUAAUAUAUUCCCUUUUGGAGGGAUUGAUAUUCAAAAUAUGGUAUCAGUGAAACAUCUGAAUAAAGGAAAAGAGGUAAUAUGA